UAAGAUAUUCUCUCUUUUUAAAAAAAUUCCAACUAAGAAAAUUCCCUUUCAUUAUUUCUUUUGUCUUUCCCCUAAGUAUUCCCUUGCCCUAAAACACUGUUCUUUCUUUUCACUGUUAGGAAAAAAACGAAAAAAAAAACCAUAUUCAAAGAACAAUCCAACAAACACCAUCGUUGUUGGAUAAUCCAACUGUUUUGGUUUCCGAAACUAAUCCAAAAGCAAAAAUGCUUAACCGCCACCAUAUCCUCCUUCCCAUCCUCCUUUUCUCCUCCCUUCUCGCCGCAGGGGACGACGGCGCAACCAUGCUCAAGAUAGCUUCAUCCUUCCGCCCUCCUCCCACUGGGUGGUCUUCCUCUUCUUCAGACAACUACUGCAAGUGGCCUGGCAUAAAUUGCGACAAAUCCAACAGCGUUACUUCCAUCAACCUCUCUUCCAAAUCCCUGUCUGGGACCCUUUCCCCCGACAUCGCCGCCUUGUCGGAGCUCCAGACUUUGUCACUCCAACGCAACGCCUUGUCCGGGACCAUCCCAUCUUUCGCCAACCUCUCCAGCUUACAAGAGGUUUACCUUGACAGCAACACCUUCACCUCUAUUUCCCCAAACGCCUUCUCCGGAUUAACCAGCUUGCAAAAGCUGAGUUUGAGUGACAAUGCCGGUUUAAGUCCAUGGACUUUCCCAGAUUUGUCUCAAUCGACGGGACUCGUUGAACUUCAACUAGACAACACCAGCUUGUUCGGUUCCUUGCCUGAUAUAUUCGAUUCUAUGAACAGCUUGAAAAGUAUAAGGUUGUCUUACAACAAUUUGAGCGGCAUAUUACCGGCUUCUCUCGGUGGUUCAAUGGUUCAGAAUCUUUGGAUCAACAAUCAGGAUGUUGGGUUCACUGGUACUUUACAAGUUUUAUCCAGCAUGACACAGUUGUCUCAGGUUUGGCUUCAGAAAAACUUGUUUACGGGUCCGAUCCCAGAUUUGUCUAAAUGUUUGGAUAUUUUCGAUCUUCAGCUUAGAGACAAUCAGUUGACAGGGCCGGUUCCCAAAUCUUUAAUUGAUCUUCCAAACUUGAAGAAUGUUUCAUUGUCUAAUAAUAAAUUGCAGGGUCCUUUCCCAGAAUUUCCUACCUCAGUUGAGAAAAAAGUUGUUGAUGGAAACAAUAAUUUUUGUAAUAGUAAUGGGGAUCCUUGUAAUCCUCAAGUUACUACAUUGCUUGAGAUUGCUGGGGGUUUUGGGUACCCUGUGUCUCUUUCUGAUAAUUGGCCUGGGAAUGAUGCUUGCGAAUGGUCCUUUAUUUCUUGUGAUUCACGAAAGAAUGUGAUUACAGUGAAUCUGGAAAAGAAAAACUUAGUCGGGACGAUUUCUCCGGCCUUUGCCAAUCUCACCUCAUUGAAGAACUUGAAUCUGAAUGGUAAUGGAUUAACCGGUUCAAUUCCUGAUAGUCUGACUAAGUUGACUAGUUUGCAGCUUCUUGAUGUGUCUAAUAACAAUCUUAGUGGAGACAUUCCGAAAUUUUCAAAUUCAGUAAAAUUCUUGUACUCGGGGAAUAGUUUACUUGGAAAAUCUGGUGGUUCUGGUGAUGGAGGAGAUUCAGGAUCUGGAGCAUCCGCUGGAGGUUCGGAUGGUAACUUGAAAAGUGGCAAUAGUAAGAAUUCGAUUGCUAUGAUUGUCGGUAUUAUUGCUGGUGUAUUGAUUUUUGUUGCUGUUGUUUGCUUUGUUUCUUAUAAGUAUAUUAUGAACAAGAGGUACGGAAAAUUUGGUAAGGUGGAGGGCAGUGAUGCUGAGAGGGGUGUGGUUAAGAGUCCAGCAAAUGGUGGCGGAAUGAAUGGGAAUGGGGGAGUUCCCAGUGAAAUGCUAAGCCAAAGCAGUGGGGAUCGUAGUGACCACCAUUUUUUUGAGGGUGGAAAUGUAGUGAUCUCAAUCCAAGUACUAAGACAAGUGACAGAUAAUUUCAAUGAGGCCAAUGUUUUAGGAAGAGGUGGUUUCGGGGUUGUUUAUAAAGGGGAGCUGCAUGAUGGCACACAGAUUGCUGUCAAAAGGAUGGAAUGUGUGUCGACCGGUACUAAAGGAAUGAAUGAGUUUCAGGCAGAAAUCGCAGUGCUUACAAAAGUUAGGCAUAGGCAUCUGGUUGCACUUUUGGGUUACUGUAUUAAUGGUAAUGAGAGACUCUUGGUUUACGAGUAUAUGCCUCAAGGUACCCUAAGUCAGCAUCUCUUUGAAUGGCGGGAAAAUGGAUAUGCUCCGUUCACCUGGAAGCAGAGAGCCACCAUUGCACUGGAUGUUGCACGAGGGGUUGAGUAUUUGCACUCUUUGGCACAACAAAGUUUCAUUCACAGAGAUUUGAAGCCCUCCAACAUUCUCCUUGGGGAUGACAUGAGAGCAAAGGUUGCCGAUUUUGGACUCGUUAAAAAUGCACCCGAAGGUAAAUACUCUGUGGAGACAAGGUUGGCAGGAACGUUUGGAUAUCUUGCUCCUGAAUAUGCUGCAACUGGAAGGGUGACUACGAAGGUGGAUGUUUAUGCAUUUGGAGUGGUCUUGAUGGAGAUAAUAACUGGCAGAAAAGCUUUAGACGAGACCUUACCCGAUGAGAGGUCACAUCUGGUCACAUGGUUUCGCAGGGUCCUUACCAACAAAGACAACAUUCCGAAAGUGGUUGAUGAAACAAUCAACUGCGAUGAGGAGACAAUGGCAAGUAUCUUCAAGGUGGCUGAGCUGGCAGGACACUGCACAGCUCGCGAACCAUAUCAGCGACCUGACAUGGGGCAUGCUGUAAAUGUGUUGGGCCCCCUUGUUGAGCUGUGGAAACCUACCACCCAAGAGGAUGGUGAAAACUCGGGCAUUGAUCUUCACAUGAGCCUUCCUCAGGCUCUACUAAGAUGGCAAGCAGAUGAAGGUACUUCAACAAUGUAUGGUGAUAUAUCAUACUCCCAAACCCAAUCAAGUAUCCCUGCAAAACCCUCGGGAUUUUCAGACACAUUAAGCUCAUCUGAUGGUCGGUGAUGGACAUGGGAUAAGUGGCAUAAUUUUGAAGAGGUAUGUACUGUAAAAAAUGUUACGAGGGCAAAAAACACACAAAAAAGGAAGGCCAGGUUGAGUUGCUGUUGAGUCGAUAACGGAGUGUAUUAUGGUCGUAUUAUGUUUAUUUAUUCUGAUUGUUCUCUUACUUUGUUGGGCUAAACACGAGCCAAAAGAACCCUUGUUGUUUCUUAUUAUAUUCUUCAACAGCUAACCGAAUGAUUUGUUUUGUUUGAUGGAGUAUUUACAGAGGGAAAAAUAGGGUUUUUGGGGAGGAGAGGGAGGGAAAGAAAGAUUGUAUCAUGUUCUUUGAAUCAUUUUUUCUAUUGUAAUGUAUAAUUAUUGUUGAAUCA